CGUAGGGACACAUUGAUGGACAGGGCCUGCAGCAGCAGCAACACAACCAUCAGUGUGUUGUUGUUGUUGUGUGUAUUGAGCCUGGUGUGGGUCCGCUGCACCGUGUGUUCAGCAGCUUCCCCUCGAGCGGGCGGAGCUACGGAGGCAGAGAUGGAGGGAUGGUGAUGAUGAUGAUGCUGAGGAGCAGGUGGAGACCGAGGGGACGCACUUUGCGCAGGGACCAACAACAGGAAGCGGCACAGGAGACGUUUGUGAAUCGCAACCUUCCCCGCGGAGGCAGGUUUUCUGUUUUGAUCCAGGAGGCCAGGAGGACGCAGGUUUGAUUCCCGGUGACAGGCUCCGUCUGCGAUCCGCCCUCCUGCAGCUGGAGGAUGGCGGCGAUGUGAUGCUCCAUCCCCGGUCCGCGGCCCGAGGCUUCUCCCCUGAAACCUGAUAUUAUGCGGGGGACAAGGGGCGCUGCACGGAUUACAGGGGAACAAAGCACCGGUUCAGAAAGAGCUCUGCAAACUGGCAGUAUCGCCCAACUAUGGUCGACCCCUCGGAGGCUGAGGAGCAGAACAAGUGUAAAGGUCCACAGCUCGAGACGCCGGCUGUGGCCCCUGAACACCCCCGACUGCCAGAAGAAGCCGACGGCACAACAACAGAAGAGGAUGGAGAUGCUGGUUUCGAGACGCCGCCCACCGGCAGCUCUGAGCCGAGCCCCUGCCACGCUGCGUCCCCGCCGGGGCCAGACGCUGCCUCUCAGGGGGCAACGCCUCAGCAGCCACAGACUCAGACGGAUCCGUCGCCCAAGCUGCACCUGGACCUGUACAACUUUGACUCGCCGGUUGCAGAGGGCAGCCGCUACGUGCUGACGAGCCCCCGCUCUCUGGAGGCAUGUGCUCGAUGUGGGGUCAAACCCGUGGAGCUGCUGCCCCGCCCGCUCGCCGACUUCGCCCGAGAGGCUCCCGGACGCUCCAUGCGCGUCGCUACAGGGAUGUUUGAGGUCUACGAGAGGGACAGGCACGCCAAACUGAGGCAGUGCCGGGAGGAGAGGGAGAGGAUCGUCAGGGAGGAGAAGAGAAGGAUCCAGCAGGCGACAGUCAACAGCAGCAGCAGUGUGUCGUCCUCCUCUUUGGAUAAAUCUUCCUCUGGCUCCAGUCAGCCUCCUAAAUCUGGGCCUGCAGUGACCUCCAGCUCAGCCCUUGAUGCUAGUGCCUCCUCCAGAGCAUCAGGUCCAACCUCUAAACCAGGUCCAGAUGUUUUAUCUAAAGCCUCCAGUCAUAGCACCCCCUCUAAACCUGCCCAAGCAAAGUCUCCUCAAUCCUCAAAAAAUGGUUCCACGACCUCUACGCCAUCAUCCAAGAGUUUCCAAGGAUCUGCCAAACUUCCUUCGUCCUCCUCAACCGAACAAGUCAAAACCACGCGGCCUCUCUCGUCCGGUCCUCCGCCUGUAGUCAGGAAGUCCUCCGGUAAAUCCUCAAACACUUUCCCCAGAUCAACACCGAAACCGCCUUCUUUCCCCAGAGCCAAUUCCACAUUAGCAUCCUCGGUGUCAAAGCCUGCAGGUCAGAGCUCUGGGGCGCCUCCUAAUGGUGUAACAGGAGCAGCGUUCUCUCAGCACAACGGACAUCUUGGAUCUCAAUCCAAGGGGAAAGUAAAAAGCCAUUCAAUGGAGUCCCUACAGCGAAGGAUGGAACCUGUCUGCUCCUCCACCUCCACCACCACCACGACCACCACAUGCACCUCUUCUGAGUCCGGGGCUUCCUCCUCUUACAGUUGGGACGGUGCACGAGAUCACUGGGCGAAAUUCUCCAGCCCCCGCGCUCGCACCAUGGCGACCUUCAACUCCCUGAUGGGUCGCAGCCUCAGCCUCGGCGACCUGAGCCACUCUCCUCAGACGACACAGAAGGUGGAGCGCAUAGUGAGGGAGGUGAGGCGUCGAGGCCUGAAGGCCGUGUCCGAGCGCGACCGCAAAAUCGCCGCCUUGAUGCUCGCUAGAUAUCAGGAGGAAGACAUCAUGAGUCAGACCCGCUACGUGGCUCAUCUCCAGUGGGACAGCGAGCGCAGGAUGGACGAGCUACGGCGAGAGCAGGAGGACAGAGAGAAGCAGCGUGCCGUGCUCCAGUGCCAGCGAGUGUGGCAGACACAGGUGUCCAUACGCCAGCGAAGACUGAGCCAACAGGAACGCCAGUCGGCAGCCGCCAAGAUGCGUCAGGCCGAGGAGAGCGAGGAGCGAUGGAGGGAGCUUGCCGAGCAGCAGGAGCGCAGCCGUCUGCUGAGGUUACAGCAGGCGGCACGAGAGGGGAAGCAUAAGAAAGUUCUACAAGAGCAGAACCUGAAGGCGCUGGAGGAGGAGAGGGCGGCCAUGCUGGAGCAGGAGAGGCUGCUGCUGAAAGAGAAGCUCACCAUGGCGGAGCUGAAGAGGCAAGAGAAGGAGCACCAGGCCCAGGAGGAGAGACGGGGUCUGAACAAGGCAGAGAAGAGACGUCACGCCGCCCUGAUACAGGAAAUCGCUCGCAGAGAACAGGAGGAGAGGGAGGAGGCGAGGAGGGCAGCGGACGAGAAGCUCAAUCGCUCCCUGGAGAAUUACGAACAGAUAGUGGAGCGUCGAGGGCAGGAGCUGAAGGAAAAGGCCAAGCGUGAGGAGAAGCAGAUCCAGAAAACACGCAAAGCUGCAGAGAAGCGUGAGAUGCAGCAGCAGCAGCAGCUGGAGGCUCGUGCGAAGGAGGCCGAGAAGCGAGCCCAGCAGGCGACUCUAGUGGCCGAGGAGAGGGCCAAGGAGAAGGCUCAGCGCGCCACCCAGAGCCGCCAGGAGAAGGAGCGACUCCAGAAACUCAACAGGCAGCGCGUGGCGGAGGAGGAGAAGCAGAGGCGCACGGAGCUGCUGCAGUCCAUCGAGAGGAAGCUGGAGAAGAGCGAGCAGAUCUUCAGAGAGAAGAGGGCGGUGCUGGAGAGCGCUCGCUCCGUGGCUCGGGCCUCGUUCCACGUGCGAGACAAAGUGCGGGAGGAGACCAACAUGCGUACGUUUGAUAAAAUGAACCUGGAAGCGCAGCUGAAAGCCUGCAUGGACGAGAAGUAGACCCACCGCGUCGGCGUGAACUCUCUGGUCCUGUGCUUGGCUCUUGCCUUCGUUAUGACCCUCAUCACCCAACAGCUUUACCCUCCUCUUCCUCCUCACCCCCACAGUGUUACUUUGUCCUGACAUAUCUUUACCCAUCAGCUGCUUUGAUUACAUUUUGAUCAUUUUUAUUCCAUCAAAGCAAACCAAAUCAUUUUGUAUCAUGGAUGAAAUGAGACUUAGCACCUAUAUCUUCAGCUGUUAUACAGUAAACCGCCUCUAGAGCCUGUGUGGGAACCCAGUAGACUUCAUGUUAGACGAGAGUGCAGAGACUCUCUUUCUCUUUGCUCUCUACUUUGUCUCUCAGCUACCGAAUGAAAAGAAUCAUUGUUUACCAGGAAGCACAAGUCCAUGACAACUGCAGGGGCUUUUAAGGAAGCACUCCUGUGAGGGGAAAUUAAGCCGAAGAAGAAAUCAAAAGCAGAAGAAAGAUGGUUCUAGACCCCUGAAGCAACAAUGAGAGAAUCCGUUUUUUUAUACAUAAGAAAUAAAGCCCCAGGCCGACAAUCCAGCACAGGAAGUCCGUGUGCACGAGCAUCAGAGGACAGUGGCUCCUGCAGUGGAACCACUCUUCCUCCCGCUCAUCUUCGUCAAGACCUACGAUAAACAGUGAAGUGCUCUGAGAGACGACCACCUCUUCACUCUGCUCCAGUGGAUCAGAUACCAGCAGCUGCCUGGUGUCCGAACCAAGGUCAACAGGUCCUGGUCAUGUGACCUUGGACUCCCCCCCCCCCACCCCCAGCUGAACCUCCCACACUGAGCCGUGUAUGUGUGAGGCGAACCAGUCUCUCCUCCUCCGCUGGAUCCACAUCAAAGUUUUUCUAUUCAACCAGUAACAGUGCCAUUUAUUGUGCUGCUAAUGACGGGACGUGUGAGAGCCGACGACCUUUCACCUGCAGAAAUGAAAUGAGACUUCUACAAGGUUCAAACUCAGCUUUAUUAGCAUCAAGGCAUGUUGCUCAGUCCUUUCAAUGACCCUCUUCCUUUACUCCUCCCUCGUUCUGCUGUCAGGUCGCUUCACAUCUGUACAUUAUCAUCAUCUGCUUGCUUCUGUUAAAUUACAUUGAGUUGCUUCGACAGUAACAGAUUUUCAUAUGUAGCAAUAAUGAAACGUUUUAAAAUCAGACACGUCUGAGAUCAUUGUUGUCAUGAACGCUCUGUUAACUCACAUCUGGACAAACGAGAAGAAUAAAAACAAACAUUUUUUCAA